AUGGCCAGGGGCCCCUUAAUUGGCUAUACUGUGAUCAGAGCACUGAGGGAUGAGGUGCAGACACUGCAGCAACAGCUGGAGCAGCACAGACGGAAGUACCGUGAUGACGUUAUUGGACAGAGGUGCCAGCAGUGCCAGUGUGGAAGAGGAAAUGACAUCACUGCAUUGACAACAACUACCCUCCCAGACUGUCGUCCUUGUGAGCCAGAGACAUCACAGGAGGACCAGGAUGUUACAUCACAGGAUGUUGCAUCACAGAACACUCUGUUCUGCUCUCCUCUGGAAACUAGCAUUGGUGCUGAGGUAUGUGAGAUCCCACCAAACAUCUUCCUGUCCUGUACCUCGGAGGACGACCCAGCAAAUGUUUCAAUCCCUCCUGAUGACGUCAUGCUGACAUCAGCACAGGAACUGGAGGAAGACCCGGCAGAUGAUCUUCCACUGUCUCCUGGUGAUGGUACACGGACAUCAUCAAAGGAACUGAAACUUGAGAACGACCCGGUAGAUGUUCCACUGCCUACUGGUGAUGGUACACGGACAUCACCAUGGCAACUUGAGGAUGACCCAGUAGAUGUUCCACUGUCUCCAAGUGAUGGUAGACUGACAUCAUCAAAGGAACUGAAACUGUCUAUGCUGUCAGUGAAGCUAGAAGACUGCCAUGACAUGCUGGGGCCUGAUGGAGUUUUUAAGAUGCCAACCUCAGAGGACCUCAGAGAUGACGAUGACCAAUGUUAUCAAGAUGAUGAUGGCGAUGACGUGGAUAACAGCCCAGAAAAUGAAGGACUCAACAUCUGCUCAAAGGACGGAGAACUGUUGUCUGCAGCCGAGGAGAGCAUCGAGGAGCCAGAGGGGCAGCAGAAGAGGAAGAAGAGAGGAAGGAACAGGGUCAAGGCUAAAACGACUAACGCCAAACAUCACACAUGUACAGAAUGUGGAGAGACAUUUUCAUAUCUUAGCUGGCUAGCUCAACACCUAAGAAGAAAGCACGCCAGAAGAAAGCCCUCCACUGCCACUCCACUUGGAAACGUUUCCACUAACUCUCCACAUGAAAAUACACCCUGUGACUCUGCACAUGAAAAUGCACGAGGUGUCGUCCAGGAAGAUUACCACCCGGAGACAAAUGGAACGACUAUAAAAGUAAAAAAGAUGCAAACCGAAGAGGACUUCAGCGAUGAGUGUGAUGAUGAUAAUAAUGACGACGACAGUGAUUACGACCCAGAAACCGAUGGUAUGCCAACGAAAGGAAAAAAGAUGCAAACCAAAGAGGGCGACGACGACGACGACGAUGAUGAUCAAUGUGAUCAGGAUGAUGAUGAUGAUGAUGACGGUAAUAACGACCUAGAAACCGAUGAAAUGCCUACGAAAGGAAUUGCUGACAACCGACUGCACAUUGGUGGUGAAAAGCCUUAUGCCUGCAAACAUUGCGACAAAGCUUUCAGAUAUCACGGUAGUUUUAUCAAGCACCAGAGAGCACAUUCAAAUGAGACUGAAAGAGAAGGUCCUCCUUGGGAAUGUGAUGUUUGUGGGAAAAUACUUUGCAAUAAGCAUAGUCUUAUUAAUCAUAAACGAAUGCACACUGGUGAAAAGCCUUUUGCCUGCAAACACUGUGGGGAAACUUUUGGUGAUUACAGUACUUUCAGGAAACACCAGAAAAUGUAUGCAGACAAGCCACAUACUCUGUCUACAUGGGAAUGUGAUGUGUGUGGGGAAAUACUUAGCAAUAAGCGAAGGCUUACCUCUCAUCAACGAAGGCACGCUGGUGACAAGCCUUAUGCCUGCAAACACUGUGGCAAAGUUUUCAUAUUUUACAGUUCCUUCAUCAGGCACCAGAGUACUCAUUCAAAUGAGACGCAUGGUCUGCCCAAAACUGGAAAACCACCUGAACAGGGGACGGACAGAAAAGGUCCUACUUGGGAAUGUGAAGUGUGUGGUAAAAUACUUUGCAAUAAGCAGAGUCUUAUUAAUCACAACCGACGGCACACUGGUGAAAAGCCUUUUGCCUGCAAACAUUGCGACAAAGCUUUCAGAUAUUACUGUACUCUCAGAAAGCACCAGAAAACACAUCCAAAUGAGACACAUGGUCCGCCCAAAAUAAAAGGUCCUCCUUGGGAAUGUGAUUUAUGUGGGAAAAUACUUUGCAGUAAGCAAAGUCUUAUUGAUCACAAACGAGUACAUGCAGAUGAGAAGCCUUUUGUCUGUGAAGAUUGUGGCAAAACUUUCAGUAAUUACAGUAAUUUCAGACAACACCAAAACACUCAUUCAGACAAAACUUGGGAAUGUGAUGUAUGUGGGAAAAUAGUUCGCCAUAAGCGAAGUCUUAUUUAUCACAAAAGACAGCACACUGGUGAAAAGCCUUAUGCUUGCAAACACUGUGGUGAAACUUUCAGUCAGCACAGAAAUUUUGCCCAACACCGGAGAACUCAUUCAAAUGAGACACAUGGACUGUCUACAAUGGGACAAACCAGCUGAACAGGGGACUGAAAGAAAAUGUCCUCCUUGGGUAUGUGUUGUAUGUGGAAAAACGUUUACCCGAAAGGCAAGUCUCAUCAGGCAUAAACAACUGCACACAGGUGAAAGGCCACAUUCCUCCACUGACUCUACACGUGAAAACGCAUCCACUGACUACAUGUGACGACAAAUCCAAAACCAAACUGAAGAGGACCUCAGCGAUGAUGGUGAUGAUGACGACGACAAUGAUUACAACCCAGAAACAGAUGGAAUGCCUACGAAAGGAAAAAAGAUGAUUAUGAUCAAUGUGCUCAGGAUGAGGAUGAGGAUGAUGAUGAUGAUGACAGUGAUCAGAAACCGAUGAAAUGCCUACGAAAGGAGUUAAGUCCACUGAACGUGUUGUGUGUGGGGAAACUCCUCCAACUCCACAUAAUCUCGGCAGUCAGAAAAGAGUACACAUAGAAGGACCUAAACAAGGAACUGAAAGAAAACAUCCUCCUUGGUAUUGGGAAUGUUAUGUGUGUGGGAAAAUACUUUGUCUCAUCAGAUAUUUCAUACAAAGGAAAGACCACACAAGUGCUCGCCUUGCCCCAAGUCUUUCACGACUUCGUCAUACUUAAAAGUACAUAUCAGAAAACAUAAGGGAGAAAAACCCUAUGCCUGCACUCAGUGCACCAAGACUUUUUUUGUAACUAAACAGGUCUACGCAGCCAUGAAUUAAGUCAGUGUUUCCCAACCUUUUUUGUCCUGCGUACCCCCUAAGCCAUUUUGUCAUAUGAUGAGUACCCCCUCACCCUCACAUAUGCUCUGUUCCUCUAUCCCAAUGUGACUACACUCAAUAAAUUUGCUAUUAUUACAUUUUUCCGCGUACCCCCUGAGGUGUGCUCGCGUACCCCUAGUGGUACACGUACCCCUGGUUGGGAAACACUGAAUUAAGUCAUUCAGAUCACAAACUUUUCUUGUGUCUGGUGUGUGGGCUGAGAUUGAAAACGAAAGUCCAUCUUAAAAAACACGAGUUGACUCAAACAGGAGAGAAGUCAUUUUCCUGUACGCAAUGCAACAAGUGCUUCAGACUAAAAGCAGAACUAGUGUACCACAUAAGAACCCAUACUGGAGAGAAGCCCUUUAAGUGUUCUUCAUGUGAGUUCAGGUUCGCCACCGGCACUAUUUUCAAACGGCACCAAGUCAUACACACGGGUGAAAAGCCUCAUCUUUGCUCUGUUUCUGGGAGGACUUUCAAACGUGUUGAAGAACUGAGGACCCACCUGAGAGUUCACACGGGAGAAAAGCCCUACCAGUGCUCCGUCUGUGAGGAGAGAUUGGCCUCUCCACAAGCUCUGCAGACGCACCAGAAAAAUGUGCACAACAUUUGAGUUCCACAAAUAUCAACAAUGUGGGCAGAGUUUUAAAUCGUCUCAGGGUUUAAAAUCACAAGACUUCAUAUUGUGUGAAUAUCACCCCCGUCAAUGGGGAGGUGGAUGGAGCAUCUAAAGAUCAGUAGUGGCGAUGAACAUUGCCAUAAUGAUGGUACCAUAUUUUGAUUUGUUAUAUAUCGUUCUCUUUUCUUGUUUGAAUCAGUGUUGUUCUAAGGCAGGGGUGGAGAACCUAUGUCUGGCCCUUGAGGCAGUUUUAUCCGGCAGCUUUUGUUAGGCAGCUUCACAUGAAAUAUGACAUGAUUUGUAAAGGAAUCUUAGAAAUAACAUUUGCAAUACAAUUAUGUCAUUGUAUAUUUCAUGGGACCUAAAGAAGUUGGGGUCUGUCUAUGUUCUGUCGAAGGUGGGGUCUGUGUAUGUUUCCUGACCCCGGUUCCAAAGUUUUGAAAUUACAGCCCAGUAGUUAAGGUUAAUAUGUAAAUAAGGUAAAUAUUUUUUUUUGUCUUUUAAAUUUCUAUUAAAUGUUGUUUGGGUAUAGUCACAAAGAAACUGUGAAAGCCAUUUGUUUUAAAAUGAAACUCUGAACUGUUUACAUAAAUCAUACAUGUAUGUAUUCUCAUUUAUCCAUCGCCAUAACGUGUUGAGGAUUAUCAUCACGUUUUGUGAUUAGAACUACAGGAAAUGAUUUCAAAUCAUGACGUCAGAUAUGCUCAGCAGCAUUUGUUCGAGUGAAAUUCUAGCUGGAAAAAUCUAUACCCUUCAAAGGGUUAAAAUGGCAGGGAGAUAUUAAAGUUACCAGAGGUGUCCUUGACAAAAUGAAAGUGUAUUGUACUGUGCAUUAAGAGCUUCAUUGUCAUACCGAAGGGUUUUCCUUCACUACUUGCAUAAUGAAAAUCCAUUUCAUUUUAAGUUGUAUCAAAGAUUCUGCUUACUACUUGCAUCAUAAAUCAUAGUAAUGA